UGCUGCUCUAAGGUUUAUCCACGAGAUGGCUCUGCACCCCACUGUUGGCUGUAGUGUUCUCCAGUGGUUCUGUCUCAGGUAUGGUUCCGCCCAUUCCUCUCAUUCCCCUUCACGGAUCCAGUCACGGCCCAAAUCGCUCUCAACAUGCCACCGUCGUGUUCCUCUGCAGUCCCAUGACUCUUUCAACGACUACUGCUGUAACUUCAUUCAAUGAUUUCGUUUUUUUUUUUUAUUGUUUUGAGAACAUUUCAGGUCAUAUUUUUUUUUUCUCCCAUCGUCGCUGAUCCAGGAAACCUUGAAAAUGUGGAUGUUGUGAUCGAAGGAAUGGCGGAAUGUUUAUAACUUUUUUUAAAUAUUAGAUAGUGAAUUUUGUGUAACAUCGACCUGGGUUUAAAAAAUGGGAUUACAACACCUCAUUUGCUGUUUGCUUGUUGCUGCUUGUGUUGGGCUCAGUUCGGCAAGUCCAACUAGCUGUGAUGAAGUGCGAAAAGUUUUUCAUCUGCGGCAGAUUGGACCAGUGAAAUCACUGCCGGAGAGACCGAGAGAAGGUUCGGACCUCCAGGUGUGCCAGUCCAGGAACCUGACAUGCUGUACUAAGAAGAUGGAGGACAGGUACCAGGUGGCGGCCCAACGGGAUGUUCAGAACCUCCUCCAGACCUCCUCCGCCAGCCUCAAGUUCCUCAUCUCCAGGAACGUAGCAGCCUUCCAAGAAACCUUUGAGUCUCUGAUGAAGGCAUCAGAGAACCUCACCAACCUUCUCCUCCAGGCGUCGUACCGUGACAUGGCCGGGGAGGCGUCGGUUCCGGUGAGAGAGUUGUUCGCUGACGUCGGCCUCUUCCUCAUCGGCUCCGACCUCGACGUCGACGACGUCACCAGCCGCUUCUUCGACGCCCUCUUCCCGUUGGUCUACAACCGCGUCGUCGACCCCGGCCUCGGCCACGUCGCCCCCGGAUACUCCGAGUGCGUCCGCUCCGCCCGCCGCGAUCUGACCCCGUUCGGCUCCUCUCCGGGACUCCUAGCCAAUCAGAUCGGGAGGUCCGGGGUCGAGGGUCGCGUGCUGUUACAGGCGUUGCACCUCGGCGUUGAGGUGAUCAACACCACGGACCACCUGGUGUUUAGCAGGGAGUGUCGUAAAGCUCUGCUCAGGAUGCAGUACUGUCCCCACUGCCACGGAUUCACCCUCUCUAAACCCUGUAUGGGCUACUGCCUCAACGUGAUGCGAGGCUGUCUGGCUAGCAUGGCUGAGGUGGACCCCCAUUGGAGAGAAUUCGUAAGGUCGUUAGAGGGGCUGUCGGCCCGCAUGCACGGAACUCAGGACCUGGAGCAAGUGCUGCUGGGAGUUCACGCCGUCGUCCACGACGCCGUCGCACACGCUCAGAAGAACGGACCACACCUCUCUAGACAGGUGUAUAAAGUAUGUGGUCGCCCCAGUAGACAACCUGCCCAGUCGGUCAGUGACCAGAGGGACGGCGCUAGAGAGUCCAUCCCUCUCAAAGCCUCCGUCAGAGAAACAGGAAACGCCCUGGUUACCGUGACAACAGAGUUCCUGAACAGUCUACGUUUGUACCGUACCUUCUACGGUGGCCUGGCGGACCAGCUGUGUGUGAACCAGCUCGCCUCCGCUGAUGGACUGGCCUGCUGGAACGGCGCUGAUGUGGUCAAGAGCUAUACUCUGAGAGUGGUGGGUAACGGGAUUAAGGCCCAGGCUGCUAAUCCGGAGGUUAAAGUGAAGGACGAGGACCCAGUCAUCAACCAGAUCAUUGAUAAACUCAAGCACAUCAAUCAGCUGCUGCAGGGGAAGUCCAUCCCCAAGUUUGGAACGUUGGAUCUGAUCGAAACAGGAAGCGGCAAUGGUGAGGGGCGUGGCUACAGCGGAGACUGUGACGACGAGGAUGGGUGUGGCGGAUCAGGGGGGUGGAGAGGUCAAGAGGAAGGUCGUGACGGCCUCUAA